UUUUUUGCCCUAUUUAUUUUAAAAUCUAAUCUGGUUGAAAUAACUCGGUAACACUAGUGCGUCAUGGAGUGAUUCAGAGUAGGAUCGGUCCUCGAGUGCGAUAUUAUGGCAGUAGUUUGGUCUUCUGCUCUUCCUCCGUUGUCAUCUCCUCCCGGAAUCAACAACAACCGCAGCAAUGGUUCGUCUUUUCUUGUACCGCUCUUCAUCGUCGCAUCGCCUAAACGCUCGAAAAUUCGACAGCCUCUCGUUAUCAUAUCCUCAUACAAAUCGAGGAAUGGAAUGGUGAGAGAUAGCAAGAAAGAAUUAUUGGAAAGUUACGGCCUCGACCCUGACGAGUUCUUAGCACAGCCAUCUUCAUCUUCAAAGUCUAGGAGAAGAAAGGAAGUUGAGGGGGCAGGUAGAGGAAAGAGGAACUCCCCGGAGCAGCCUAGUCCUUCUCCUCGGACCACUCAUAAGUUGCUUCAG